AUGGAUGGAGGUGCCCAGGAUCAGGGGAUAUUAAUCCCUUGCCAUCCAAUCUGGGCUGCGGGUGCUGGGGCUGUUUCAGCCUGGGGUGCUGAGGCAGGGGGUGUUUGGGUGGGGCUGGCAGGGCUGGGGAUGUUUGGGUUGGGGGUGCUGGGGCUGGAGAUCCUGGGGUUCCUGGGACUAGGGAUGUUGUGGCUGGGGGUGUUUCAGCCUGGGGUGCUGAGGCAGGGAGUGUUUGGGCUGGGGCUGCCAGGGCUGGGGAUGUUUGGGUUGGGGGUGCUGGGGCUGUGGCUGCUGGGGCUGGAGAUCCUGGGAGUGCUGGGACUAGGGAUGUUGGGGCUGGGGGUGUUUGGGCCAGGGCCACCAGGACUGCAGGUGCUGGGACUGUGGGUGCUGGAGCUGCUGCUGCCAUCCAGGCAGUGUGGCAGUGGGUGCUUCUCUCUGUGCCCCGGACAGGGUAGGCCACCGUCAAGCCUGAGAUCAUCUGCAAUCUGGAGGCGAGGAGAGACACCCUGUGUGCCAACUGCCCCGGGGUGCGGAGGAGGCACUGCAGCCCUGUGCCGGGGAGGCUCCAAAGGUUUGUGGCAGCGGUGGCUUCUUCCACCAGCACAAGUUGCUGGAGUUCAUCCCUCAGCCAGGUCAGUGGGAGCCUGGGGGCACCCUCAGCUCCACCCCUUGCAGGCCCCCCAGCUGCUGAAAAAGAUGCCCCUAAGGUGUCCCAAGUGCAAGAAGAGCUUCAGGAGCCAGAGUUUGCUGGCCAUCCACGUGCAGAGCCAUGUGGGCGAGUGCCCCUUCACCUGCACCGACUGUGAUAAGAGCUUCAGCCACAGGGUCUCCCUGACCAAACAUCAGUGCAUCCACAGGGGCGAGAAGCCCUUCACCUGCCAGACACGCGGGAAGAGCUUCAGCCAGAAAUGCUACCUCAUCUUGUACCAGCACACCAGAAGGAAAAGACAAUGA